AUGAAAACAAUAUUAAGGAGUUAUCAAAAGAUAAAUUUAUCCUUUAAAAAUCAAAUUAAACAUGAAUCCCGGUUGCAAGGUUCUUCGCGUGGUUUUGCAGGGUAUAAAAGCGAGGGCGGGAGUGGGGGCGUCACAAGAAGUCCCUGCCGUCCCAUCUUCUCCUCGUCCGCUAGGGUUCGAAAGAGGAGAGGGGAUGAGAGCUCGCUCAGGUACGAUGGCGAUUCCGAAUCCCUUAGGAUCCACGCCAAGGAGAAGAUUCCUCUCGCCUCCAAAACCCUACUGCAGGCUCAUGGAGAAUUAAACACGGGGGCUGGGACUCCUAGUUUUCUUGCCCUGUUUGUUCGACAUUUCUAUCCUGAGUUAUCAGCCAGCAUGGGUAUAGGUGUUCAGCUCAACAAAGAAGAAAAACUCAGUUACAGUGUUAGGGGAAAGAAGUCAUUUCCAAUCACAGCCAACGGUCUAGUGGGCAUAGACUUGAAAGGAACGUGCUAUUUUGACAAAGAAUUUAAAGAGAGGAAGCCAAUAGGAGCAGUUGAGAUGGCGUGGAGCAUAUUCAAUUUCCAAAAGGACCAAGACGUGAGGAUUAAAAUAAGAUACAAAAUUUGUGACCAGGUCGACCGCAACUGGGGUACAGGAAAUGCGAUUGAGAUUCCUCCUCCUCGACCAAAGCGAAAGCCGGUGCACCCGUAUCCUCGUAAGCUGGAGAAUUUAUGCACAACCAGAGUUCCAGAUACGAAGCGACCAGAACAAUCUUCUUCACCAAUUCCAUCUUUCUCUGAACAAGAGAGUGGAUCACCUGUAUCAGUCUUGUCUGUGGUUGGAUCAGAAACAUCACCAUUGUCAUCUGUGGUUGGAUCAGAUCCAGUAGAAUUGUCACUGAGUGAACCAAAGAAUAGAUGUUGCUCGCCUGCCUCAUCUGUGGAAGGAGAGGAAAGAAUUUUGUCCAAAGAUCCAGCAUCUAAUGGUUCAAAUAAACUAGAUAAAUCUCCACUGGAGUUAUAUUUGGGUUGGCAAGAUCAGAUCCAUCCUAAAGAAUGUUCACUGGUGGAACCACAACUGACUAGUCUGAAACUCUUUGGAAGAACAGUCUUGGUAGCCAAUUCUCAGAAAACAUGCUCUUCUAAUGAUGGAAAUGCAACACGAUGUUUCAUGUCGUUGCCAAGUGCUGAUGUUGGCUCUCACGAAGAGAAAAUUGACACAGAUAUGUAGAAUCAAGCUCUAGGAUUGGGACACUUUCUGUCACAUGAAUAUAAGUGGGAAAAUGGGCAGAAUUCCAUGCGAUGUUGCUGCACUAUGUGUUAGGUUUUUGUGGCCCUUUUAUAAUUGGAUGAGAUAACUAACUGGGUUCCGUUCAGAUAUUUUACGAUUCAUCAAGAGAUGGAGAUGGAGGAAAUCUCUGAGAUUUUAUCGUAGACCCUCUGCUCUCGCCUAUAAAACGACAGGGAUUUCAGUUUUAGCAUAUCUCAGAUCGAAGACAGUGUUUAGCAGAUCAAACGAGAUCUCUGAACAUAUGACAUCAAAAGGUACGCAUCGUAUCGUAUUAAAUUAGAUCUAUGUAGUUGAUUUCAAUCCUAACAUAUAGGUUAUUUUUGCAUUUUUGAUAUAGCAUAAUUAUAGAUUUUAUGCUUACAUUUGAUAUCAGAGUUCGGUUUUUAAGAUCAAAUACAUUAGAUCUGUAAAUUUAUUUACGAUGCAUAAAUUACCUUUAUUUUUCAAGAGAACUGCUAAGUAGUAAUGGUCACCGUUGAGCUUGCUGCGAAUCUGCGGCUACGUCGGGUAGCGUGCGCAUCACAGAACCGCGGGCAUCACAGAACCCGUCCAUACGACGGCAUCAAUUGCCAGUGCUUUGAGGCCACAAAUCAAGCUUUAUGGCUGCGAAAUUUCAUCUCAGGACUUGGUGUGGUCGACUCAAUUGCCAAGCCGCUAAAGAUAUUUUGUGAUAACAUCGCAGUAGUUUUCUUCUCUAAGAAUGACAAGUACUCUAGUGAUUCCAUGCACAUUAAGAUAAAGUAUUUGGUGGUUAGAGAAAGAGUCCAGAAACAACAAGUGUCAAUUGAGAACUUGAGCACCACUAUCAUAAUUGCUGAUCCAUUGACAAAAGCCUUAUAGUGCAAAAUAUUCAAAGAACAUGUUCUUAGAAUGUGGCUUGUGAGUAAAUCAUAAAGGAUAUGGUGACGCAUGUUUAUGUGGAUGUUAUUAUUGACAUUCUUUUUUCUUAAUUAAAGUUAUAUGUUUCUGCUAUCCUGUUUACAUUUAUGUUUAUGCAUAUUAUGGUUGAAUGUAAUAACAUAAUUGUCUUGACAAGACAAAUUACAUGGGUCAUUAUGGACUAUAUUAGGAAAGACUAAUAAUGUUGUGGUACAUAGAAGGGAGUAUGACAUUGAUGAAAUAUAACCGCUAUGACUCACAUUGAUAGUUGGACUUAAUAUAGUAUUAUUAUGUUUAUUGGAUUUAUUGGCUUAUUUUAAAAAAUAUGGCCAUGUAUAAAAUAUUUUUUUCAAAAUUCUUUUGAAUCCAAUUAGGUAAAAUUAUUUUCAAACAAAUUUUGUUUUGUUUAUUUUGAUUUUGAAUAUCUCUUUUAUAUCUUAUCAAUUAAAUGGGUCAAGUGGGAGAAUGUUAGGUUUUUGUGGCCCAAUAGACUAAGUCUACGGACCUUGAUAGGAGGAAAUCUCCUGAGAUCUUAUAGUAGACCGCUCUCGCCUAUAAAAGGACAGGAGAAAGGAUCUACUCCUUUGCACUUCUUGUAGAUUCCAACGAUCUUGGAUUAGAAGACGGACGGUGCCUGCAGCGGAUAGACGGUGCUUAGCAAAUCAAAUGAGAUCUUUCGAUCCUGGUAUAUAGGUUAUGUACUACUUUUUGGCCCCUAAUGGCGUUCAAAAGAACUCAGCUGAUGAAAUGGUUGCUCCAAUGCCUUUCUGGCCGACAUUCUAUGGAAGUCUACCUAUCUCAUUCACCAACCAACUGAACACGAGGUCGAAACAGGAUCUGCCUCAAACCAGUACUGAAGCCCCUUCUCAAACAAUUGCCAUAGAAGAAGGUUCCUCAGUUGGUUCCAAUUCACCUUCUGCUUGGAAUGAGAGCAUAAUGGAUGACGGUAACCACACUGCGGUAGGCUAUGAAGGUUCAGGAUUUCCAAAGGAGCACAUGCGUGCCUUCAAGCUAAAGCCGAGCGAGAACUCAGCUUUCAUUAGCGUCAAAGCAAGCAAGAUCAAGUCCACGAGGGGCUUUGUGCCCUAUGAAAGAUGUAAGAUUGGAAAAUAAGCACAGGAUUACUCGGAGAUGAACAAUGGAGACAGUUGAGCUAAGGAUGUGCUUGUAGAGACCUUUAACCUUGUAUCCGUCUUGGGCAGUCUGCACAGAUGUUUGUAAACAUCACGUGAAUUGUAUCUCAUAUAUACUCUCAUAGAUAGGCUGACAGAUGCUGUAAGAUACAAUCUCAGCUUCCUUUUUGUAUCUAAUAUCAGGUAAUUUCUGUUGGAAAAUUUAUCCUGUAAUUUUUAUCAUUUCUUUCAUAGGCUGUCAUUCUUGUGCAGGCAAAUUCA